CGUUUCGGUCCACAAGAAUACUAUCAUUUUUAUCGUUUUAGUAUGGGCUAUUGGUUCUACUUUGCUUCUGUCAUAGAGGAAUGAUUCUUGUUGGACGAGUUGUACGAUAUUUCGGUGGCAGUAUACUAAUCUACCAGCCGGAAAUAGCCGAGCCUCACAUCCGGGAACGUCUUGUCUCUUUGCAACGGUGGUCCAUGACAUGCGGUAUCCUCACUCAACACUUCAUUCAAUUCGGUUUCUCUUACAUCGAUGAGGUUACUUCUUUCCAUAUUCCAUGGGAUCUGUGGAUGAUUCCUGCCACUAUUCUCAGCGUGGGUAUGUCUGUAUUAUCCGAAAACUCCCGACCCACAAAAGGUACUAUAUCUCUCAAGGUGCAGCUAUCACUGGUCGUCACGGGAAGUUGGGAACAUAAUUCUGCUGUAGGCGCAGCUACUUCCUUAUUGACUACGGGGUGCGAUAGGUUUCAACAAUGGUCCGCUACUCCCGCCAUCAGAUACAGCAUUGUUGUUUGCAAUUUUGCCUUAACAAUGGGUCCUGCCUCUCCACUAUUCUCCUUUGCUAAGGCAGUCGACCUCGCCGCCGCCACAAGUUGGAUGUUUAAUUUUGCUCUCGUGUGGGGAACCCCCCCCCCCCACGGUCAAGCAACAUUGCGUGGGAGAUAUACUUUAUCUUUGGAACAUUAAAUUUCGCUAUCUUCCUUCAUGUGCUCUUGAUGUAUCCAGAAGCUGUUGGACGAACACUUGAGGAAAUAGAGAAAAUAUUCCAGCAAGAGCGUAAAUUUCUGCGCAGAAAACUAAGAAGAACGUGGGAAAGAUGACUAGU